CAAAUGAAUUACUACCAGUCCAAAUUAAAAGUACACGAUGAUGAAAAAAAAUUUUGAAAGAAAAAAUUUUUUUUUGACAAGUCCCAAGUGCGCUCUUUUUUUUUCUGAAGUCUUUUCCCUUAUGCCUUCCACUGAAAACAAAGUCUUAGAAAGCGCUAAAUUUAUUGCAGAGCAUAGCCAACAUGUCUCUAUUCCUCAAGAGAACAUAGACAGUGCUGCCAAGACAAUUAUGCAUAACAUGAAAAAGAGACAGUAUAGUACAAAGACUUGGAACGAACACCCACUACAUCCUAAAACAGCUGAUUGUCGCACUGUAGAUUGGAUUUUUCUGAUUGAUUUGCUUAAUUUCUCUUUUUGGAGUGAUUUGGAUGUUUCUGAUAAAAAAACCCCACAUCCUGAUCGAUAUGCAAUUCACUACGAGGGCCAGGCUUACACUGGUUAUUGGUCAUUGUGUGCUGCUAUCAACCGUGCAUUGGAUCACGAAAUACCGAUUACUGAUCCAGCCUAUUACGGGAAAAAGGCUUCGGAUAGUGAACUAGCCGAGAUUUUUAAGUCUGAUACAAAAGAACCAGCUCCGAUGUUGUCUGAAAGAAUCAGAGUCAUGAGGGAAGCUGGUAAAGUCUUGUGUGAAAAAUUUGAUGGUUCUUUUGUGAAUUGCAUCAUUCAGGCCGAGCAUUCUGCUGCUAAACUGUUGGAUAUCAUUAUCACAAACUUUGGUUCUUUUCAUGAUGUACAUGAGUUUCAUGGAAGAAAAGUGUAUAUUUUGAAGCGCGCACAAAUUUUGAUAGCUGACUUAUGGGCAUGUUUUGAUAACACAAGCUAUGGUCAAUUUGAUGAUAUUGACUCCGUUACUAUGUUCGCUGAUUACAGAGUACCUCAAGCAUUAUAUCAAUUGGGCUUGCUUCGUUAUUCUGCAGAACUUGUUGAAAAACUCGAAAAAAGAAUUUACUUCCCUUCUGGAUCUAAUGAUGAAGUAGAAAUUCGAGGCAAUUCUAUCUGGGUAGUUGAAUUGGUACGUGAAAGAAUCAGCAAGAUAGACCCAAGCCUCAAGAUAAACGCAAUCCUAAUUGAUUUCUAUGUUUGGGACAUGGCAAAAGAAAUCCAAGACCAAAUGACAGUCCCCACACAUUGCACAAGAAGUUGCUUUUAUUAGAGAGAAUAAAAAUAGACCGGCGGCAGUCAUAAAGUUGUGCCGAGUAUGAACAUGUGACUUUUUUUAUGUAGACCCGCGGUUUAAUCUUUUACCAUAACAUUGAGAAGAUCGUCAACUCGUAUUCAUCUGAUAAAAGAUUUUUCGAGACGGAGAACUCGGGUAGGCCCGUAUAAUUUCUUUUA